GAUGUUGUCAUAACAGUGUUACGAUUUACGAUAAAAACAUUUUAUUUUUUUCAUGCCCAGUGACUAAUAUAUUAAUUGAUAUAUAAGUUAUAAAUGUGUCGUUAAAUAUAUUAAAUAUAUAUUUUUAAAGAAGUGUUUGAUUGAAAUUCAUGCAAAUUUUUAUUAGUUAGUGAAGUAAUACCUUUAAGGUUAUAUUGACAUGUCGGGGUUCAUAAGCAAAAUUCUUGGACUACGAUCGCAGCGAGUUCCAUUCGAAGAAGACGAGAACAAUGGUCUAAUGCUCGCAGACAAAUAUAUCCCUGAGGAAUUAAUUGGAGAAUUGUUGUGCUACGUGGACCACAAAUCGCUGCUGAACUGUCAACUGGUCUGCCGAAGGUGGAAAGAUCUGAUCCGCGAGUAUGUUUUCAGGAAGAAGGCCGAGAUGACGUUUGGCCAGUCGCUUCAGUGCUUGAGCGACUGCGAGGAUCCCUGGAAAAUCUACUAUAAGAUUUGCAAGAAGAAUCCCUUCGAGCGAAAUUUGCUGAAGAAUCAUUCAGGACAAGAUGGAUUGAAGAAGCACUGGGUCAUCACGCGACAAGGUGGAGAUCACUGGAAAAUCGAGAGUCCGCCGGUCGGAGUCCCUCCUCUGCCAGAAGAUCCUGUUUUUGAAGGAAGUAACUCGUGCUUUGUCACUUCUUACAGCCAGUGCUCCAAGAGACAACUCAUUGAUCUUUUGGAUGAAGGAUUGUCUGAUGUUCUUUUGGAUACUUUCCAACCAACCAUCGAAGUCGGAGAGUGGUACAGUUGUCGUUGGGAUUGCCCAGCUAAAUAUGAUUGCAUUGUGUCAUUACUUGAUAAGAAUGACAAAGAAUUGGAUGUCUAUGUGUUUAGAGAUAACCUUGAAGAUGAUAAUGAUAAACAAAAUAAAUGGUUACAUUUCACUCAUGAGUUCAAGAACUACGGACCUGGUGUGAGAAAAGUAUUAUUCCAGCACAGCGGUAAUGACAAUUUAUUCUGGGCUGGCCACUAUGGAAGCAAAAUGGCUGGAGCUUCUGUCAUAGUAAAAGUGGAACCAAAAACCGCCAGCGGUUCUCCCAGGAAACGAAAAUCUAGUAUAGAGUUAGACUAGUAGGUCAUAAAGUUAAAUUAAAACUUAAUUAAGAAUCUUGUUGACACUAGGCAAGCUAACUGUUAGGCUUUAGUUAAGUACAGUUUAUAUUAAAUAAUUAGUUAAUUUAAACUGUUGCUGGCAACAAUUAUUCUUAAGCUAAGUACUUAAUUGGUAUUCUAAAUGAUUUUUUUUUAAAUGAAAAUUUUGGAUUUGUGAUUGAUUAAAAAUAAAUUGCAUUGUUUGUAAUAUAA